CACCUGCCCGCCAAGCACAAACACCCAGGGAAGGGCCAGCACCAGCCCAGCCCCGAGAGGAGCACGGUCCCUGCUGAGAGCGAUGAGUUCAGCUCCUUCAUCUACUGGCGAGCUCCCCUGCCCAGCAUCGAGGAGGAGCUGCAGGAGCUGCUGCAAGCUCAAGCCAUCUCCAUCAGCCCAGAGACCGCUGAGGAGCACCAGAGCUCUGAGGAUGGGCCCAGUGCUGAGGAGGAAGAGGAUGACGAGGAGGAGGAUGACGACGAGGGAUGGAUAACACCCAGCAACCUCAAGCAGCUCCUGGUGGUCCCAGCCCAUGGCAUCCCGGUUUCUCCUUCCUCGUUGCAGAACGUGCUGCUGCAGAUGGGCCUCCACGUGCUGGCGGUGAACGGGAUGCUGAUCCCGCAGGCCCGCCCUCGGCACGGCUGCGCAGCGACCACGUCGGACAUGACGAAGGUUUUCUGUCCCCACUGCGGUAACAAGACCCUGAAGAAGGUCGCAGUGAGUGUCAGCGAUGACGGGAGCCUCCACAUGCAUUUCUCCCGCAACCCCAAGGUGCUGAACCCGCGAGGGCUCAGGUACCCGCUGCCGGCCCCGAAGGGGGGGAAGCAUGCGAACAACCCUCACCUGGUGGAAGACCAGCCCUUCCCGCAGCAGCGGCUGUCCCGCAAGGCCAGGCAGAAGACCAACAUCUUCGACCCCGACUACAUCGCCGGGGUCUCGCCCUUUGCGGAAAACGACAUCUACAGCCGUGCGGCCAAUCUGCAGAUCCGGGACGCGGCCCUGGGCGCUGGCAGGAGGCGCCUGAACCCCAACGCUGCGACAAAGAAGUUUGAUUACUGA